UAAACAAAAGGCCGGCUUUUCCCUUCGAAUCUUCUUUCAAGAAUCAUUUUUAGCAAACCAUUUCCUCUUCAGUUGGCACAAACCCGAUGUUGGAUUGUACUAAACUGUGUAAGACUAAAUAUAGAAACUUUUAUCUGUCCUUUGCUUCCUUGCAACACCCAGUGUGCAGUUAUAUAAAUUGCUAUGUGCAGCACCAACCUUGCGUUCAAGCACGUCUCAAUUACGUGCAACGUGCUUCAUGGCUGAAGUGCACGAUUUUCUGAUCCAUUUUCCUCUGUUUUCUUUUUCUCUCUUUUUCUGCUGUUUUGUUUUGUUUUUUUUCCUUUCUAACAAACAUGCUUAUACAUAGGCUGUGAUCUUGAGUAAGAGAAUGCCACUGCCAUCAUUUGGGCUAAGAGGAGAACUGCAUUUGCUUUGUGCCGCGUUCAGUGUCGGCAUGAAUCGCCUUUGUUUUUCUGUCAGCACUUUUUUUUUUGGUUGCUCUUUUGUGCAUGCGUAGUUUCCACUCUUCUGCUAAGGAUCAGGCAUUCUGAUUGGGUGACCACCCCCGAAGCCAGAAUGACAAACUGCUCUUAGGUUUCCCUUUAACCAGAAUGUGAAACUCAGGCCAGUGCUCAUUAACUUCAGGCUGAGAAUGAGGACUUUACUGACAACCCAGAACCAGAACAGCUACCGUGAGCUGAUAAUGAAGGAGGCGUACACACGGCUUAACUGGAAGAUGAAAUAUGGUAAGGACUAUCCGGUCAGGUUCACCUUACCCAAAGCCAAGGUCGGGAAUCCGACAACUGCCCCUAAAGUCACCCUGCCUCCUGUAGUAAAAGCUCCAGAGAAGAAGAAGAAGAAGGAGGAGGAGGAAGUUCCGAGGCUACAGAAUGUUCUCACUGCAGCUCCUCUCAUGAAACCAGUCAGCCCUAAGACCAGAGAGACUCUUUAUAACGGUUUGUCCAAAGAAGGUAAAGGACGCAGCCAGUACCUGAAGAGACGUGUUGAGAAGAUGCCUGAAGAAAGGUUUGAGUAUCCUUUAUUGUCCUCCUGGGAAUACGGAUGGAGAUUAGGUGAUUAUGUGCACGACUACAAAUCACCAGUAAAUGGAAGAUCUGCAGUUAUCAGGAGCACUUUCUACGCCAGGAACGGUAUUUUUCACAUUCCCUCUGCAACAGAUCACCUCGGGUGACCAACUUUCAAGACUGGAACAGUGUAUAUUAAGAAUUGAGAUAUUUGCCAGAAAUAAUGUAGAGCCACGUAAUUUCUACUAAAUACCAACGAUUUCUAUUUACUUAUCCUGUUACAAAAUUGGCUUAAUAGCAUUACAAAUCCUUUCUAUGAUGUACUGAUGCAGAUGAUUUACAACAAAAUACUUUCUUUUUCCUUUGUCAUGAAAUUUGAUCUAUUCACAUGACGUCAGCAGGAUUAAAUUAAUGGGAGGCGAAAGCAUGAACUUUGCAAAACAAUACACUGUUUCCUAGCAACCUUGCAACAAACACCUGGAUUGGAUUGUGCUGGUUUAUAAUUAACAUGCUGUGCAGCCUUAGAAAUAAAAAGCCUUGACGUUGCUGUUUUUGGGGGGGAAUAGCAAACUAGUCGGAAUUGUUUCACUUUAAUAAUCAACCUAAAAAUUAAGCUCAACAUGUGACGCAUCAUAUAUCCACAAACGGAGUUCAGGUUUUUCUUUUAGCUGCGUUGACAGAAAUGCACAGAGGAAAAUGGUCGCUCACAGCCAGGGCCUACAAAAAAAAAACAAAGGUGAGGGGUAAUUGUAAUAAAAGCCUUAUAACAAUUGAAUGCAAAAACUUAUGCAGCUGUAUCAGGGAUAACCAACUUUCAACAAAAUGUUCAAUUCCAGACUUUUCUUCUAUUCUUCUAGAGAAUUAACUGGCUUGUGUUACUAUCAACAAGUUUGUAUCAAAACAGCACAUCAUGCACCGGAUAUCCUUUAAGGAUUAGUACCAGAACUCCAUUUAUUCAUUUAAUGUACUAGGCAGCCUGAUAGCACGAUAUUGUAUUUGGAAUGACCAAUAAAUAUCGGUGUACCUCCUCUUCA